AUGCUGGCGCUGCCUGAUGAGCCUGUCAGCGCAGCUAGUGCUGAUGCUGGCACUCAGCCUCGGCGUGGCAGCCGCGUCAGAAAGGCCACGAGUCGGUGUGACGGGCGUGCCGAAGAUUGUGGAGGUGUGGUGGUGAUCCUGUUGAGCUGGAUGGAUUUGGGAUCAACCGAGGCGGAGCGUCCAGCUGUGAAUCUGCAAGUGGCCUUUCAGCGUGCGCAGUUGCUGAGUUGGUUGGCACGACUUCGAUACCUGCAUUCAGUGUGUUGCAACGAGUUUCUCCAGUCUGUUUGCCUCUCCAUUUGGUCCUCCAGCUUAGCUGCUCGGACCCCGGACGAGCUCUUGGACCGCUUCCGAAAAGAGCUCGUCUUCGACCACGUGGAGGCAGAGCCCAACGAGCAGUCGAGCCCCCUAUCGCGGGCCGUGCGCUGUGCGCAACAGCGGCAGGGGAGGCCAUUGGAGUUGGCUUUGUGCUUUGUGGCCUUAUGCAAUGCACUAGGCAGUUGGUCGGCCAGGUUGGUGUUGGCCUUCGACUUGAAAGAGCCACAGAAAUUGCCGAGAUCCGUCAAGCACGACAGUCCAGAGGAGCAGAAGGCGGAGGCGGCGGAGGCCGUUGAGCUGGAUGAAGAUGAAGAGCUUCCACUGGAAGGAGCGGCACGCGAAGCCGCCAACCGGAUGGUUGAAAUGGGUUUCGACAAAGAGAAGGCAGUGGAAGUCGUUCUGGAGGCCGAGGCUGAGGUGGGCGCCGAGCGAUGCCUCCAGCGGGCCAUGGAGCUGAUCGUGGACACGGUGCCCUUCCACACCCCUCGGAAGUCGCGGAAGACGAGUGACGCGACGUCGACGCGCCGCUCGACGUCCUCACGGAAGACGGGCGGUGGCGUGACGUGUGAGAAGUGCAAUGAGGCCUUUCAGACUGGCGCCUUUUGUGGCACCUGCGGAGCUCGGCUGCGGCAGGGAGGUGCUACAGGCUCCGCGGAUGCGCCUGUGGAGACAGACACUGAUGAAUUCAGUGUCACUUGCUGGGCGGAGCUGUACGACGCAUCAGCCGAGAAGUGGGUGGCGGUGGAUGUGGCCUUUGGGGAUUUGGUCCGCUUCCCGGUGGUGGAAUGGCUCCAUCGUGGCACGCCCAUGGUGUGGAUCUGCGCCAGCUCACGCAACGGCUCGGUGGACGUCACGCCCCGCUACUCUCCCCGUUGGUGGGAGGUGGAGCUGGCGCGCGAGCCAAGGGGUUCUCGGCCCCUACAGAAUUGGUGGAAUGAGCUUUUGGAGGGCACUGUGGUGCUCAGUGAGGCAGAGAUACAAGACCAGGCCUUCCUGGCCAAACGGCGACAGAUGGGCGGCGUGCCCACGAGUUUGAAAGCCUUCAAGAAUCAUCCGGUCUAUCGCCUCGGCCCCGCGAAGACGGAAACGCUGCGGCCCGGAAGUCAUGCGGUGCAGACCGUGGAAGGGCAGCUGGUGUAUUUCCACAAGGACAUCGUUCCGCUGCGGAGCGUGGCCGGCUGGCGGAGGCAAGGGCGAAAGCUGAAGGAGGGAGAGCAACCGAUCCAGAUCUCGGGCUCCGAUGCUCUGGCGUUGGUGCCGCUUGGAGAGAAACCCACGAAGGCGGCGCACUCCUCCUCACUCUAUGCGGAGUGGCAGACCGAAGCGCUGUCGGCGGAGGACCUGGUGCGGCGCCGGAGCUCCACGCGGAGAGCGUCCGGUUUGCCGGAGCUACCUGCUCCAGUGAAAAAGCGCAAGGUUGCUGAAAAGCCUUUGAAAGGCUUCGACAAGAUGAUCAAAAGUUUGAGAAGCUUUGUGGAGACUGAGGGUUAUUUGCCCUACAAGAAGGGCGGAAAGGAAGGGGAAAAGGACUUGGCCCUUUGGGUCAUGACAGCACAAAAGGCGUACCAGCGAGGCGCGUUGCCGAAGGAGCAAAAGGACGCCUUGGAGGCCUUGGAGCCCCUCCUGGAUGACUUUACCUGGGCUGGUGAGGAGGAGGAGGAGGAGCUGAACGAGGAGAAGGAGGACAAAGUGGAGGACGCCAAAGAUGCUGCAGACGGCGGGCCAGAUGGGCCAGAGGACGAGGCCGCGCGCUGGACGCAGCACGUUCUUCAACGCUUAGAACGACAGCUACUCAAAGCCGAUGCCGCCGAGCGACGAAAGCUCCUGCGGGGCUGGCAGUUGAGCUACCAUCCCGACAGGAACCCGGGCCGAGCUGAUGAAGUGAAGCCACUCUUCCAAUUCGUCCAGGCGCGGUGGGACCGUGAGUUCAAGAAGGCUUGCAGCGCCGCCGACGAGAUGCCAGCGGCGGCUGAGGCCGCGUCUUCCGCCCCGAAGCGGCGCGUCCGCGGGAAGACGGCGGCAGAACAAAGGGGGUUCAUCUUUCGGGCAUAUGCCCCUGGAGACUAUCAGUCCUUAUGCUCCAAAGGACAAUCCUCACAAGUGUGGCGGUGCCAUGGAACUGCCGGACAAUGGCCUCCGUGUGACGUGCCGCCCCCAGCACAUGGGGUGAAGCGAGGGGAUGAAGAUGGGGAUGAAGAGGAGGGAGAUGCGGAAGAGAGGCUGGUGUACUACAUCAACCCACACUGGGAUCCGGACAGCGGAUACAAUGGCGGUGGGCUCGAUGUCUUUCUCACGGAUCCGCGGGAUGCCCCGCCCUCGGCCUCCACGGCCAGGAAGGCUCCCAAGUUUCGGAUCGCCCCGCACGCCGAUACCUUGGCGAUCUUCUUGUCGGAGCGGAUGGCCCAUCAGGUGGUGGAGACCAUGGGCAAGGAGAGAAUGUAUUGCCUCACCAUGUGGUGCUUUGAUCAGUUCGCGCUCAGCAAUUUUGUGCCGCAGGUCUCCCAGAAGCAGCGUGACUUGCAAGCGGGGUCAGAUGACGACUACUGA